AAAAAGUUGGACUGAUACUUUAGUUGGUUCGGGAAGCCACACACUCCACUCCACUCCACUCCACACUCCAGCUCCGGCGCGCACGGCAACUCCGAUCCCCUCUCCGGCAGCGGUACCCGCCUCCCUCCUUUUCCCCACGGGCCUUCCUCCUUCCUCCCUUGCUCGCUCGGUGAUUUGGGGCCCCCCUCCCCAAUCCCGUCGCUUCCGCUGGCGAUGCACGCCAGAUGUUCGACGCAUUGCCUCCUCGCCGGGGAAUGCUUCCGUUCCGUGAUUCUCUGUUGAUGGCGGCGGAGAAGAAGCCCCACCUGCAGCCACCGGCGCUGUCGUGGUCGUCCAUCCCGCUGGAGCUGGCCGGCCUGGUGCUCAGCCUGCUCCCGGCGCAUGCGGACCGCGCCCGCUUCGCCGCGGUGUGCCCGCAGUGGCGUGCCGCCGCGAGGCAGCAGCAGCGGCUGCACCCGCCGCUGCCGCUGAUCGCGCUCCCCGACGGCACCUUCUACAGCCUCCCCUACCCCACGCCCUUCCGCUUCCCCGGCUGCGGCUUCGCCGGGUACCAGAGCGCCUGCGGCAGCUGGCUCGUCUUCCCCCGCGACGACGGCUGCUUCCUGGUCGACCCCUUCUCCAGGGAAACGGUGACGCUCCCUCCUCUCUCCAGCGUCCGGCUCCGGCCUCCGAACGCAGUCGCUAAAUGGUCGUAUGAGCAUGGGACAAAACUGGCCGACCCUUACCUCACAUGGAUGCAUAUCAAGGACUCGGACGAGCUGCACAUCAGUAAGCUAGUCCUGUGCUCGACGAAUCUAGUUGUUGCCCUGGUCGGCAUUGGGUACACCAGCCAGAUUCUGAUGUGCCAGCCAGGGGCCUUGUCGUGGUCAGUACGCGCGUACGAUCGGUGCAAGGGGUUUGAAGACAUGUCAUUCUACCAGGGCAAGCUCUACGCCCUCACCAAAGAAGAGAACCUUCUUGUGGUGAACAUCAGCGAGGACCAUAGCACCGGGGAUCCACAGGUUUCUCGGAUUGGACAAGUCAUCAAGGGUGAUCCAUGGUAUUCAAUUGCGUUCACCAACAACGCUAUGCUCUGCAAGAAGCUCUACCUGGUUGAAUCCUGUGGGGCAAUGCUGAUGGUACGCAGGACGAUUUUCUGCCGGGUUCCUCAUGACGGUGGAGCUGUUGCUGGACCAAGCGCGUUUGAGGUUUUCAAGGCUGACUUUGAGCAUUCAGGAUGGGUCAAGGUGUCGACGGUGGGGGCUGACCAGGUGUUGUUUCUAGGGCGAAGGUGCUCCAGGUCAUUGCCCUUCUCUCGGUAUGGGGUCCCGGGUGAUCACAUCUUGUUUUUGGAUGAUGAUGAGGAAAAUCGUACGGAGUAUGGCUAUGCCGAGGAGAACACUUCUUACGGCACCUAUGCCAUGGGAUCCGGCAGGUACCGUUCUGUUCAUCCAGACAUUUCCUGGAAGCGUGGCGAUGAAAUGCGUCUGGCAGCAUGGCUCUUCCCUCAUGAUUGAAGCACUGUUAUUUCUAUGCAAGCUGCUACCAGGCUAUCUGACCGUGCUAUAGAUGUUAUUGUUCAGUGGUUAUUUUGCAAGCUGCUCACAUGUUAUCUAUCUGACCGUGGUAUGUAUGAUGGUUGGUGUGGUGUUCAGUGGAAACCAUGCAAGACAUGAAAUGCAUUAGCAGUAUUUAUCUGAACUAGGUUAUUCUGUUAGUUGCCAUGUGUACAGUAUUAGUAAUUCUCUGAACUAAUUAUGAUGGUUACUAUGCAAGCUAUUAACUGCGCCGGCUUUCAACUGUUACUAUCUUUACUUUUAUCUGAAA